GAAGGUUGAGUCGCUGAGUGGGGUCCUUUGUCCCAUUGCCUUUUAUAACAGGAAGAUUGAAGUCGAAGGCGGGUGGCCAAAAUGUCGAAGAGAUGGCGGACGGUGGGAGGAAGCUUGUGACUCUCGAUGACCUCAUCGAUGCCUUGGACAAGCGCGAGAGGGCGUCGAGCAAUGUCCCAAAGGUUGAGACAUUCCACUGCAAAGGGGAUCGGGUAUCUGAUUGGUUGGAUCUGAUGGAGCAGGCGCUGGUGGGACUGUCAGAUGAGGUCAAGCUCCAGCGGGUCCUGAGGUAUGUCCUGCAUAGUCACCAUCGGGAAGUAACUAAGGUUGUGGAUGCCGCCGGUGGCAGUUGGACAAAGUUUGGGGACCUAAUGCGAAGGAAGUAUAGGCUGGGGGACGGCCUGUUGACCAUGGCCGACUUGGAGGCCAUGAACAAGGAGGACUUCUCUACCAUUGGGGCGUUCGUGCACGAGUUCAAGAAAAAGGCGAGGAAAGUGCACGGGAUUUCUGAGGAGGCGCAGUGCGCCACAUUUUUGGGGCUGCUCACAGGGUUGGAGGCCACAGAGCUGACGAAGUAUGGGGAAGGAAGCGAGAGGCUAACCUGGGCAACCAUUGACAAGGGAGUGGAGGAAGGGAGUCUAAACCAGGUGGAGCAGCACCAAAUGAGGUUGCAAAAGCGCAAGAGGAAGGAGAGGGAUGCUACUGCAUCCGGGACCCCAGGGGUGAAGAGAAUUGUCACGGACGUAUUGGCGACACUGGGGUAUGACAAUGAAGGGGAGAUACAAAAAAGAGGGGUGCUAGUGGCUCAAAGUCGGACGUCAGGGGCAGUAGACGAGGAGGCUGGGCAAGAAGACUACGGCGGAGGGGAGACAGGCUCCCAGGUCCUGACUAAGGCCCAGAGGAAGCAGCGCAAUUUGCUGCAGGGAGGGCAGGCCCCCCAAGCCAUUGCCGCACCGCCGUCUGUCGCCUCGGCCGCGCCAGUGUCAGUAGGACCAUCGCACAUGGGGCCGCCACCAACUUGCGAGCACUGGGUGCCGCAUUGUCAGUCCGCGCCCUGGCCCAGUUGCAACCACUGUGUCUCGUGUGGAGGGAGUCAGGCCCACGUGGGGCACAUGGUCCCCUAUUCCGGCCCAUCCGCAAGUAUGGGCCCCCCGAGCUACCCAUCAACUCAAAGCCAGCCCAUGGCUCAACCGCCGCCCUCCCAGCAGGCCUCGCAAGCUAGUGUGGCCGGGGGAGGGGGCCAAGGGGGUAGAGAAGGGGGCGGUCGGGGGCGAGGAGGAAAUGAUGGAGGCCGUGGAGGAGGCUGGAAUGGUCAAGGGGGUCAGAACCAGGGUGGCCAAGGUAGCCAGGGAGGAGGCCAAGGGUAUGGGAGGCCCCGCUUCGACUGGCGGAAUGCAACUCGUUGGCAUUGCGGCGAGGUGGGUCACACCGUACGAUUCUGCCAACAACGGUGGGACGACGAGCUGGCAGGACUAAUCUCCACAUGUAUGGAUGGGGACAUAUACGAUCGAUGGGGGAAGCAUAUCGAUCCCAAGACCCCGAGAGGAAUCAGGCAGGAAACCCUCAGGCGAGCGGCGGCAGGGCCUCCGGCAGCCCCAACAAUGUUUAAGAUAUGGCAGGAAAGGCAAGACCCCGGUGUGAGAGUCGAGGAGAUUGUGGAUGAAAACGAGGAAGUGACUCAGCGGCUGAAGGCGGGGAUUAUAAAGGAGAAGCCUAUAGUCGUCGAGUCAGACGAUGAGGCGCAGGAGGUGGUAAGAGAGUCGGCCCUGACCAUCCUGGAAAGGAUGGAGGACCUGCUUGCGAAGGUGGGCAGGUACCAGGAACGAUUAAGGGUGAUGUGUGAGGAUGCGCGGAAAUGGGAAAUGAACCUUCCUAAGGCGAUGCUCUAUGGGUCUGGCCCGGAAUCAUCAUCAGGACCGCAAGGAUGCCCAAGCGUGGCGGCGGCUGGGGCAGGUCCUAGGUCAGGGAUGACCUUCAGACCCCCUACGUCGCAUGGAAGGGUACCGCAGGCCGCGCAGACUAGGGGCCAAAAGGUUCAAGAAGAGGAAGAUGAGGGUGAUGACGAAGAGGACGAGAGGCUCCGGCAGGAGGAGGACCGGAAGGCGGAACAGAGGGCCAAGAAGAGAGCGGCUCAGGGAGGGGUGGAGCAGAGUCUGCAUGAUGGCGUGCCAAAAAGGAAGAAGUACGCAGUUCGGCUGGAGGAAGGCUUUGACGUGGAGCGAAUGGUGGAUAAGCGCCUGGAGGGCCAUAAUGAUCUGAUGAACUUAAAGGACAUUUUGGCCUCAGCACCAAGGCUCCGGGGCGAGCUGAAAGGGCGACUCUCGCGAAGGUUAGUGCCCAAUGUCCACCUGAGCUCAAUUCUGCCCAGGGAGAUAGAGUGGACAGAGGCGGGCACCAGGAUGGAUUGGAAAUGUGUGGCGUGUGGGUUGGUGGAUUUGAAGGUGAGGGACCAGCCGAGCAUCACAAUGGUGGACACGGGCGCGGAGAUGAAUAUCAUCCAGGAGCGGGACGCGACGAUGUUAGGGUUGGAAGUUGACCAUUCAGACCAUGGUGUGCUGCACGGUGCCAACUGCAAGGCCAUUUUCUACGGCACUGCGUCUAAUGUGAUGGUGGACAUUAGGAGAGUAAGAGCGCGAACGUGCUUCUUCGUCAUGCCCGAUAUCGACCACCCUAUCCUUCUGGGGAGGUCGUUCCUCUGCCGAACGGAGACCUUGGUCUUCAACAGGCAUGAGGGAUCGAUGAUCCUGGCUUUGUCUGAUCCGGCCUGCGAAAACUAUGAAAUCAUUAAGUGUCGGAACAAAGGACCCGAAAGUGGGAGGAACAGGCUCAACCUCGGUUCCUUUACCUUCGAGGAGUCUGAGUAUGCGCGACGGAGACUCCGGGAGGAGCAGGAGGAGGAAGGAGCAGGCGAGGUGUUAUCCCUGAGCCUUAAUGAUGUAAAUAAGGCAAUGGAGGUGGUGGCGGCGCACGAUACGGCGGACCCGGAAGCCAUAAGGGCAUUGAGGGAGCAGGUCCUGGAAAGCCCUCAGGUAGGAGAAGUGGAGCUGAUUUAUCGGCUUCCUGGGAGGAAAGGGGACCCUGCGAUGGCCUAGGCCCGAACGACAAGUCGGCCUUUUUUAGGGGAGGGCUUAAGCAGGGUUCCCAAAGGCGGUACAAGACUGU